CAACAGCUAGCCAUGUCUUUUGGAGAUCACACACUCACGACACUGCCGCUGGUGGUACGGUAGAAUAUGGUGAACUUGCUAGUAGCUUUAUUUGCUUGCCGGCCCGAGCACAUCAGUUGGCUAGCUAGCAUAGCAAGCAUAUAUAGCUAGCGAGCUGCUACACAUUGUGUGGCCGCGCGAGCGCGCUCUCGGUGCCUGCCGGUGUGGAGAGCCCCCUAGCUAGUAGCUAGUGCUGCUGGCCAUGUCGUCGUCGUCGAAGCAGGGGAAAGAGGACGAAGAGGUGGAGGUGCCGUGCAUGAAUGGCGACGUGGGGAGGGACGACGUCGACAACGACGGCGGAGUCGGAGAAGGAGAGGGCGAGUUUGCGGCGGCGAUGGCGCAGCUGGCGCCGGAGGGCGUGCGGGCGCUGCACGCGCGGGUGGAGGCGGAGUGGGGGCCCGUGCUGCAGAGCGCGUGCCAGACGGCGGCGGCGCGGGCGCUGUGGGGCCGCGCGGUGCGCGACCCGGCGGCCGGGGUGCUGGCCGGGGAGCGCUACCUCAGGGGCCUGCACGACAAGAUGCGGCGCGACGAGCGCGCCGGAGCCAGGGAGGUGCACGGCGUCAUGAUCGCCGUCAGGACGCUCUGGUUCGACGCCCGCGUCGAGGCCGCCGUCGCCGCGCUCGGCGGCGACCCGCAGGUCGUGAUCCUCGGUGCAGGUUGCACUGCUGUAAGGAUGGACAGUGGCGCGGUGGAGACAGCGUCCACUGGGGCAGUAUGGUCAACACCUUCGGCAGAACCGAGAAGCAUUUCUGUCGGGAAGGAGGUAUUCUGCAAUAGGUCACUCAACAUGAGGAACAUUACAGCAGUGGGAUUUGAUAUGGACUACACUCUGGCACAGUACAAGCCUGAGACCUUCGAGGCCCUUGCUUACUAUGGUACAAUAGAGAAGCUUGUGAAGGAUCUGCGCUACCCUGAAGAGUUGCUGACUUGGGAGUUUGAUUGGAAAUAUAUGGUCAGAGGACUAGUUCUUGAUAAGAAGAGAGGAAAUAUCUUGAAGAUGGAUCGACACAAGUAUGUAAAAGUUGCAUACCAUGGUUUUAAGGAACUGUCGAAAGAAGAAAAAGUUGCUGCUUAUGGGAGUACAUUGAUAAGAGAUUCAUUUGAUGAACCUGAUUAUGCCCUUAUAGAUACGCUUUUCUCACUGGGUGAAGCUUAUCUAUUUGCUCAGCUUGUUGAUUUCAUGGACAAGAAUCCUGGAAAAGUACCUGCAGGCACAGACUAUCCACUUAUGUACAGAGAUGUGAGGUCUGCGGUUGAUUUGUGUCAUCGUGAUGGAACUUUAAAGCGCAUGGUGGCGAAGGAUCCUGCCAGGUACAUCAAUGAGGACUUGGCAAUUGUACCAAUGCUUGAAAUGAUCAGGAAAUCUGGACGCUCAACAUUCUUAGUGACGAAUAGUUUGUGGGACUACACUGAUGUUGUCAUGAACUACCUUUGUGGGCCAUACACUUCGGAUGUAGGCUCUGGUCUCAACCACAAAUGGCUUCAAUAUUUUGAUAUUGUAAUAACAGGCAGUUCGAAGCCAAGUUUCUUCCAUGAUGAUAACCGUGCAGGCCUCUUUGAAGUUGAGCCUGAUUCUGGAAAGCUUCUGAAUGCUGAUAUUCAGAUUGGAAGCCCAAGAUCAAGUCAUCAACACUCAACACCAGUUCAGAAAGUUUACCAGGGAGGCAAUGUUGGUCAUCUCCACAGAUUACUUUCUGUUGCUUCUAGUUCACAGAUUCUCUAUGUUGGUGAUCACAUAUAUGGAGAUAUUCUGCGGAGCAAGAAAGUUCUGGGUUGGCGGACUAUGCUAGUAAUUCCAGAACUAGAACAAGAGGUGAAGCUUCUCUCAGAAUCAAAGUCUACAAGGAAGGAGCUUAGACAUCUUAGAAUGAAGCGUGAUUCAAUUGAAGACAGAAUCCAUCAUCUUGAAUGGUCUCUUAAACUUGAUGAUGUCACAGAAAAUCAGAAGGAGAAGUUGUUCUCUGAACAUGACAAUCUGCUGAAACAGAGAGAGCAUGUUCGCCGCCUUCAUCAAGAGGCUCAGAGGCAACAUCAUCAGAAGUUUCAUAAGGUGUGGGGACAGCUCAUGAAGACUGGGUACCAAAAUUCCAGAUUUGCUCAUCAGGUUGAGAGAUUUGCAUGCUUGUACAGCAGCCAGGUUACAAACUUCGGUUUGUAUUCCCCCAACAAGUACUAUCGUCCGAGCGAAGAUUACAUGCCCCAUGAGUUUGAUGUGCUUGGGCUGUAGGAGCAGUCUCUGCUGCUGCUCGGAGUUCCCCGUUGUAAUUGACCUACAGCAGGAUAGGAGGGUGAUUUUAGUUGUGACAUUAUAGUUUCUGUAUUUAUAGACAGAAAGCUUCGCCCAUUGUGAAGGAGCAAGGUAUAACUAUAGUAACCACAGUUCUACAUUAUAACCGUAACAUUACCUGUAUAUAAAUAUGUGCAUAAUAACUAGUUUUAGGAUGCAAAGGAAAGCAGUGCCGAUCAUGCCUGGAUUGAACAUUGAGAAUUCAGCAUUUUGUUAAGUGUCCCAACCACAA